CCACAAAACCAGUGCUACCCCAUUCAAACAUAGAAAUUUUGAUAAAGCGUUUCCUGAUAUAAACAUAACCGGGCAACAUGAAUAAACAAUAACCGUUUUCAGUUCGUCCAGGCUGAACGAUAAAACACUGUUCUUUAAUAUUACAAUCGCUAAGCUGACUUUGUCUGACAGACUGAUAGUUUAUGUACAUGUUACUGGCUAGUUUUUCCGAUACCCUCAAAUGUGGCGAGAUGCAAUUAUUUAUAUGAUUGGAUAAACAUGUGAACAGUUGGACGCGAGUUAAAAAAAUGCCUAACAAAAUCCUUCUGGUAUUUCUAUGGAUAUAUAUGAGCUGCAACGUGGCAUCAGCAUGCCCGAAGCACUGCACGUGCAAAUGGAAAAACGGCAAACAGACAAUCGACUGUUCAAACAAAAAUCUGGACGCCGUGCCGUCCGGAGUGAAUCCAGACAUGCAAAUAUUGGAGUUUUCCGGCAACCGACUCGAAGAAUUGUCCGCGGAACUGUUCCUAAAAAUCCAUCUCGUAAAUCUGCAACGUAUAUUUCUGUCGAACUGCAGGAUCAAAACGGUUGACGACGAGGCGUUCAAAGGUCUGUCCAAUCUGGUCGAAUUGGAUCUGUCCAAUAACUACAUCGAGCACGUGCCCACCAAGGCGUUCGAACACUGCCCCUCUCUCAUGAGACUCAUUUUAAACUUCAAUCCGAUACACACGAUCAAAACGUUGUCCUUCAAUUAUCUGACGUAUUUGAAUACGUUGGAGCUGAGCAACUGCUCGUUGUUUGAUGUGGAAGAAGGCGCCUUUCAAGGCCUCCACAGUCUUGAAUGGCUGCACAUUGAUGGAAACAGACUCAAAACUAUUCCUGGGAGGAAAACUUUGCCAGAAAAUAUCAAAGGUGUGGAACUGCAGAAGAACGCCUGGGAGUGCGACUGUCACAUCCAAGAUCUUCACGCUUGGCUACUGAAUUUUAACGUACCGCUCUCGAGCGAACCGGUGUGCAAGGGCCCACCGAGGCUCUCGGGCCGCAUUAUUAAAUCGAUACCGACCACAGAGCUGGCGUGCCUGCCCGACAUCUCGCCUACCACGUUCUAUCUCGAAUUGGGCGAGGGAAAAAACGUGUCCCUCAUGUGUCACGUCUAUGCUAAGCCGGAAGCCACUGUGUCCUGGUGGUUUCAAGGCCGGAUCCUGCAGAACAAUACGCUAGUUGCUCCCGGCUUACACUUGAUUUAUUUUGUCGAAGAGGGCUCCGAAAACAAACGCAGCGAACUGUUCAUUUACAAUGCGAACGUCGACGAUAACGGUACGUUUGUUUGCAAUGCGGAAAACGCAGCCGGGUCCUCCCAGUCCAACUUUACCAUUAAAAUAUUGCUCAAGGAAGACCCCAUUGUGAUUAUUGUGUCCUUCCCCUAUGAAUACUUUCUCAUCGCCCUUAUCAUUGCCGCCAUCCUAACCCUCAUCAUCAUCAUUGUCAUCAUCCUCCUAAUUUUUCGCUGCCACCGAAAGCGUAAGCGGCAAGAGAAACGAAACAAAGCCAAAGAACUAACUCUGCAACACACCCCGGAGGAAAGCAAAACUGAAACAUUACAGGAAGAACUAGAGACCACUUCUGAAUCGAACGUAACACCUGACUCCAACGACAUGAUGCUGUACGGGGUCCAGCAUUGCAAAGUUCUCAACUCACUGCCUCCAAUAGCCAACCACAUUCACAGUCCUUCUUCUUUGAGGCGUUAUCAACUGGAACAAAAUCCUGAUUUGAUUAACAGCACUGAAACCGGGCUAGGAUACAGACGUGAAGGCGAUGGAGCCGAUCAAAUGAUGUGCAAUGUUAUGGAGAGUGAAAUUCACUUAAGGGGGCUGAGAAACAUCAGAUGUGUGCUAGACUCGCAAGGUUACCCCGUGGAUUAUGGUCUGCCGAAGGUGGCAUACAGGAAAACGGUCAAUGAGAACUACUAUAGGACAUUGCCCUGCAAGAGGUUAAAGGGACAGUCCACGACCAAUUCCAUCAAUCGGUUUCCGAGGGAGGCUGAGUUUCUGACCAGAAGCUUGGACUACGAUUACCAGGCGGACGUCCGCUACACAGCGGACGGCUACCCGGAACGUCCGCCGGAAAUCCCUGCGUCUCCUCACCAGGAUUCGGCAGAGGCUCCCACGUCGUUGCCAUGCUGUUCGACCGAAUGGCCGUCGUUCGUGCCAGCUAAUCUGCACGCAAUCAAUCGCGAGACCGUGUCGAAACGUUGCGUCGGUGCCCAAACGGAGAGUGAGUGCGACAGAGGUAGGAACAGGGUCGACAAAACGGAGUCCGGACUUUUAAACGACCGGAACGAUGGCGUUAAUGAAGUCUUGACGGAGAGUCCGGACGAGGGCUACGAGGGAGAGCCCACGACUGUGUAAUUUUUGGUCUGGCUACGAUCAUACAAGUAAUAGACACUCAACCAACAGGGUAAUAGGGCGUGCAGUUUUAUACUUAUUACCUGUGCGAGGAUUAAUUAAUUAUGUCGCCGAGAAAACAAGUAAUUGUGUUGUUGUUCGGGCUCUACGUUCGUGGAUGCGAACCUCGAUUCGGUCCGGAUUCAUUAGCCCGUGCCCUACUUCGAAUUCGUAACUCAGUUAAAAACAGAGUUCGGGUUACGCCAAUCAUCCUGCAUUGUUUUUGAUGCUGCUCUAUGUCAAGGAAAUUAGUUCAGACACUAAAAUUGAAGAUUAUUCAAUUGUGGCCAAUUUUAAAAACGUUCAGAAGUCCAGUUUUAAGUUCUCAAAAUACUACUUGUUGUCUGUCUGUGUUUGCAGACUCCCUAAAUAUUUGAUAUCAUCAUUUGUUUACACCGACUAAGUUAUUCAUUUCACCCAGAAACAAUGGUGGAAAUAAAAUAGAAUAUUUACACAUACAAACCGACGGACUAUUUAAACUAGAACAAUUUAACCAUUAACAGUUUCUUGCAUCUAACACAACCGUUAAUAAUUUACGAUUCCGAAUAUGGUACCCGAUGUUCAGAACAAUCACCCUUUUCUAAAUUAUGCAGGCGCCAUCAAGAAUUUACUGCCGGUUUCGCUUUGACAUUAGUUAAUUUUAUUAAUUAAUAUCGAUUUUGGUGGGAUAAGUAUUAAUUUUGGUUUAUACAUAGAUCCUCGCACGGUAAACAUUAAGUUUAUGUUGUCGACAAAUCACACCACAGAAAGAUUUAUCAUCUAUCUCAUUUGUAAUUUGACCGUCAAUGCAUAUUUUGCACAUACCGUAGUACAGUUCAGUUCCAUUAUAUCGGAUCAAGUUGGUUAAAUGGGCUAACUUGCCUUUAUAAUCUUUAAUCAAUAAUUCAAUAUGCAAUUAGGUAAUCUAUAAUUUAAAUUCUAAUCGCAAUCCCUGUAUUAAUUUAAGAUGGAAUUAUCUUCUUGUAUCCGGCAUUUCGAGUUUUACAAUUAGGAAGGUCUUUAAAUUUGUUUAAUUGACUUUGUCACGAGUUAUAGGGAAAUUUAGGAUUAUAGUUGAAUCGGUUAAUAUAUUUUUAAAGGAAUAGGCCUAGUUUAGGUUAAUUUUGGGAUAUCCUUAUCUAUUCGUAAGCUAGAUUAAUGUUCGUAGUUUUUUAUAAUAAAAGAAUUAUUGUCA